AUGGCGACGGAAUUGACAGUACAAUCGGAGCGUGCUUUCCAAAAGCAACCACAUAUCUUCGUUAACCAAAAGACAAAGCGAACGAAGAGUACCAGAGUUGGAAAGGGUGGGCGAAGAUGGUACAAGGACGUUGGUUUGGGCUUCAGGACACCCAAGACUGCGAUCGAGGGCACAUACAUUGACAAGAAAUGCCCUUUCACUGGCGAAGUCUCCAUCCGCGGCCGUAUCCUCACUGGCACUGUCGUCUCGACUAAAAUGCACCGCACUCUUGUCAUUCGCCGCGAAUACCUUCACUUCGUCCCUAAAUACACUCGAUACGAAAAACGACACAAGAACCUUGCGGCGCAUGUCUCACCAGCGUUCCGUGUGGAGGAGGGCGAUCAGGUUACGGUUGGGCAAUGCAGGCCUUUGAGCAAGACGGUCCGAUUCAAUGUUCUCCGGGUGUUACCUCGUACUGGAAAGGCUGUGAAAGGUUUCCAAAAGUUCUAG